UGGUAAAUAUCCAAUUCCCUUUUUAAAAAUGACUUUGAUGAAGACGGCGCCGGAGGAAAACUUCUCUGAUAGAUUUAAAACGUUCUCCAUCAAACUAUAACGAGGAAAACGCAAAGUUUUACGGCAUGAAUGGUCUUUAGCGAGCAAGGCGGUGCUCCCCCAAGGACUUGAAACACCAGGCAACCACUCGACUCGAACAGCUCGGUGAGACGAGGAACUGUUCCUUAGCGGCAAAUACAGAGAUGGAAGGAGACAAGGUGGAAAUCGCUACUCUAGACGUGAAAAACUACAGACCCGAGGAAAUCUCUCUGAAGGUGGAACACGGAAGGAUUAAGAUCGAUGGAAAGCACAAAAGCGAAGGGGAGCACGGAUACGAAACAAGUGAAUUUCACAGAAGCUAUAAUCUUCCCGAUGGCGUCGACGUAUCGACUGUUUCUUCACGCAUUACUGGGGACGGUCUUCUGCACAUUGAAGCCCUGAAAGCAGAGCCCCAGGAGACUGAAGUGUCACUGGUUGGAGCUUCGACUGGUUCAGCCGGCGACAUUGCAAAGAUCGACGACAAAAGAUUCACAGUGACGCUGGAUGUUAGCAGCUUCUCGCCCGAUGACAUCGUGGUUAAAGUUUAUGGGAACGAGCUGUCCGUGCGAGCAAAGAAAGAAAAAGAGGAGCACGGUCACUUUACCUCGCGCCAUUUUAACCGGCAUUUUGUGCUGCCAAAAGAUGUCGACAUGGAUUCGCUUGUUUCUCGAUUGGGUAAAGACGGCAAGCUGUACAUCGAAGCUAAAAGAAUCCUCCACCCAACUCCACAUGAAAGACAAGUGAAUAUUCUAAGAGACGCAGAUGAAUCUUAAACUAUUUAAAUUAAACCAUGGAGUGAACACUGAUGAACAGAUAUCGCCUAAAGGUUCGUUUUUCGCCUCUAUUUGCGUGUAGUUACAGAUGACAGCUAUGGAAGAAAAUUGACUAAUGGGACCUCUGUUUCGUCUUCUCAAACAAAACAACAACUUUUAUCUAAGCUGAUUUUAAUGAAAUUAUCUGAUGUGUAAGGGAACGGGGCGCAUGUUUUUUGUUUAUUUUAAAUAAAUUAAGUAUUCUAUAGAAGGAA